GCAAACUCAGAAGAUUUUUCUCUUGGAUUUGAUCCACAGAAAUAGCAAUUCCACGCUCCUAUAUCUUUGAAGGGAAGCAAAGCGUCUGGAGUGCAAUGUCUUCAGUUGGAAGUACUUUUUUUAAGAGGACACUUUUGCUUUUAAUCUUUGGAUUUGUAAAUGCUGCAAUUUUUACCCUUAUCGAGAAUCGAGAAGAAAAUUACAAGACCACUUCUAAUAGAAUGUUACAACAAAUGAGGAAGAACUUUACGAAACACCACAACUUCUCGGACGAAGAAUUCGAGUAUUUUGCAAUAGCUUCAUACAACGCUGUUCACAUGGGCUUGUCUUUGGACUGGACCUAUUUUAGGGCAGUGGAUUUCACGUACACAGCAAUGACUACAAUUGGAUACGGCCGUCUAACACCCAUCACCACAUACGGGAAAUUGUUCUGUAUCGUAUUUUGUAUGCUUGGGAUUCCACUAUGUCUUCUAACCCUAAAAUCUGCGGGUGAACUUAUUUCAGAAUUUUUGACGUGUGUGAUAACUCGCGUAGAGAUUAUAGUUCUUAAAACAAAGACUGUAAAAGACAUUGAGAUUAAACGCGCUCUACUCGCGUUCGCUCUAAUGGCAGUGUAUCUCUCGUUCACUGCAGUCACGCAAGUAAUAAAGGAAAACUGGACAUUCGUGGAUGCUUUUUAUGCGUCUUUUAUAGCAUAUUCUACCGUAGGUUUUGGAGAUUAUAUCCUUUUUGAAAGUGUUACAGGGCAAGGCAAAAACGGAGCUGCCAGCACGUUUUUUCACGUGUUUGCAACUUUCCCGGCGCUUUUUGGACUGGGAAUUGUGGCUUGCGUAAUCAACUGUGUUUUAGAUGUUGUUGAGAAAAAACAUUUACACCUCAGCGAUGGCUUUUGCUGCCGUCGCUCAAGGAGACUAGGGAGAAGGAAAAAUAAAGAGUCGAUGAAACUUUUAUCUUUUAGUAAACUGGACAAAGAAGGUAGACGCACCAGAAGGUCUCAUAGUGUAUAAAAAUACAUCAUGAUUUUAAA